AUGCCCUCCAAGAAGAAGGCCAACACGCAGGUUCAUCCCGCCAUUCCACAGCCACUGCCCUUGAAGAAGACUGCCUCUACACAACCCUUGCCAAAAUCCGGCCCAGCCACUUCGUCCACCCCAUCUUUGAACAGUCAGACUGCUGCCACGAAGACGGAUGCCGAUCUCAGAACGGGCGACACCACUGAGUCCGCCGGAGAACCCGCUCCAACUCCUGCUGUCAACCGCAAAAAGCAGAAGAGGCGAGAGAAGGAGGCUGCAAAACGAGCCGCGGAGCAGGACAAAACCGUCAAGAGUCUCCCAAAUGGCCACGUAACUGCGGGCGCCAAACCCAAUGGCCAACUACCGCCGGUCAAACAAGGCAGAGGGCCGGUCAAGGGCUAUUUCACCGAAGAACCGGACUACCAGGACUCUGCAGAUCCUGCAUACCCGGAAAUUGAGAGUCCUGAGGAAGCAUUUUACAGCGGCGACGAGGAUCCCAACGGCGUAGAAGGUGCAGAAGCGGUCCGCGACAGUUCGUGGCUCAACACGAGCAAGCGAAAAAAGUCAAAGACGACAAACGAGACGCUAUCUAGGACCUCCACCAUGCUCUCUCGCUCCAAUAUCCCACCUUUGUCGAGUGCGGCCAUGCGAGCCUCGCAGCGUCUGUCGAGCGACCACAUCUGGAACACUUCGACGCAGGCUGAACGGGAGAACAUCAAGCAGUUUUGGCUGGAGCUGGGCGAAGACGAGCGGAGAUCGCUGGUUAAGGUCGAGAAGGAGGCUGUGCUGCGAAAGAUGAAGGAACAGCAAAAGCACUCUUGCAGUUGCUCCGUCUGUGGUCGCAAGCGGACAGCUAUCGAGGAGGAACUCGAAGUGCUUUACGACGCCUACUACGAGGAACUUGAGCAGUUCGCCAAUCACAAUACGGACCUCUCGCAAGCGCCGCAUCUAAUACCACCCCGAACGACGUACAAUAGAGCGCAUCCGAUGGCCGGCUCAUACCCUUCGCGGAGUCGAAUAAAUGAGAUCGAUGAGGACGAGGAAGAUCUCGAAGACGAUGACGACGAGGAGGAGUACGACGAUGAGGACGACGAAGGCUACAGCGACGACGAUGGCGAGCUUGACGACCAUGGAUUGCCGCCUGGUCCUCCCGAUUUCUUCCAGUUCGGCAAUUCUCUCACGGUCAAGGAUGGCAUCCUUACGGUAGCAGACGACCUGCUCAAGAAUGACGGGAAGCAUUUCAUUGACAUGAUGGAGCAAUUGGCGGAGAGACGCAUGCAACGUGAGGAAGAAAUUCGUUAUCCUUCCUCGGCUUUUGCUCAUCGAAAUCUCCAUCAAGGUCACAAUCAUCCUCCCAUAGACGACGAUGAUGAUUAUGACGACGAGGAAGACGACGAGGAAUAUGACUCGCAAGAUGAGGACGACUAUGAGGGCGAUGACAUGGACUCCAUGACCGAAGAACAGCGCAUGGAAGAAGGUCGCCGGAUGUUCCAAAUCUUUGCCGCACGGAUGUUCGAACAACGCGUCCUAACAGCAUAUCGAGAGAAAGUGGCAGCAGAACGACAGAAGAAGUUGCUCGAAGAACUCGACGAAGAGACUCGCCUGGACACCCAACGAGAAGCGAAGAAGGCGCGAGAAGCUGCCAAGAAGAAGGAGAAGAAGCGCCUUCAAAAGCAAGUCAAGGACGAGGAGAAGGCCAAGAAGGAUGCUGAAAAGGCGGCUCAAGAGGCUGCUGCCCGAGCGGCCGAAGAGAAGCGACUAGAGGAGCAACGCCAGCGUCGAGAAGAACAGAGAAAGAAACGAGAAGCUGAAAAGAAGGCUGCCGAGGAAGAAAGACUCCGCAAGGAAGCUGAAAAGCACCGAAAGCAGCAAGAAGCACGUGAACGACAGAUCGAACAAGAACGCAAGGCCCGGGAAGCCAAAGAGCGCGAGCGGCAGAAGCGAGAAGAGGCCAAGAAGAAGGAACGUGAGGAACGGGAAGCCAAAGAAAAGGAGGCCAGAGACCGGAAGGCUAAAGAGGAACUGGAGAAGAAGGCUCAAGACGAGCACGUCCGCAAACAAAAGGAAGCUGUGCUGAAGUCAGAAAAGGAAGCCAGGGAUCGUGCACCUCAACCUCAGCCGCCGAAACAUCAGCCUGUGGCACUUCCACCAGGCCUGCAACCUCCAUCCCGGGGCCCGAGCCUACAUUCUCCUCAUGUUGCUAUUGCAACACCGGCCAUUCCUCCCAAAGUUCCGACCCCUGUACGGAACAGACAGCCUUCACAGCCUGGUCCGGUUUCUCACGGCUCGUCGCCACGGUCCCAAAAAGCCAGCACCGAUAUCUCGAGGAGUUCCGUGUCCCCAGCCACAGCCGUAAUGCCGCAGACUCCUGCACAGGGUCAGCCUGUAAAGACGCACGGUCAGCCCCCACCGUUGCACCACCCACAACCUUCCGCCCCGAGAUCACCGCUGAACAAUCACGGUCGAGGACAAUAUCCAUUCCACAUGAAUGGCCUGCCAGGAUUGGGAGUCAGUGGUCCGCCGUUGGGGCCUCCUGGGAUGAUGCCCACUAUGAUGCCGCCAAUGAUGUAUCAAGCUCCUCCCAUGAUCAAUCAGCAGAGAUUCGCUCAGAAUGGCCUGCAGUAUCCACCAGGAUUUCCGCGACCGUUCCAACCAGGUCAGCAGAUGCCAUUUGUUCCACAGCCCCAGGGCCAAGCACCUCCGAUGGUCAAUCAACAACCGGUACCGCCAAAUCCUCAGAUGCAUUCCAGACAGCCAUCAAACGAGCACGCUCUCACAGGCCGCCCCGGAGGGUUAGGUCCCAUUGCUCGACCAUCUAGCACGACGCCAGACAAGCAGAAACCGGUGGGGAAGACGCCAGAUGCCGAGGUGGAGCAGUUGACGACGCAGCUGGGUAGCAAAGCCCUCUUGGACGAUUCAGAUGCCCCAUUCGAUACGGCCGAUCCGCGAGCAAAUCUCCCGCCUGUUGGUCCACCCGGAUCUGCGAGGCUACCCUUCGUCAGCAGUUUCCCAGAACACAAGCAAGAACCCUUUGGAAUGGGAGGUCCUGGUUGGGGCGGCUUCAAUCCUGCCAUGACACCGAGUCCAAAUUGGGGACCGCCCGGCGUACAGCGACCUAGCCCAGGCUGGGGACAGCCGCCAUUCGGGGCUAUCGGUGGCCCUCAGCCCAUCUCAAGGUCACAUCUACCUCGUCCAAUCGCAGUAAGAUUGAUGCUCGUUCAAGCAUGUCGUCAGCUGUCCCAAAGUCCAGCCGCCAAUCCCGAAGGUUAUCAUCCUGUUCAAGCGGUUCUGCGUCAACUCGAAACUCUCAAAGUACCUGGAGAAGCGUCAGUGUCGAUGGACGAGAUGCUAGGGAUUUGUGACACGGAAGGCAAUUCACAGAAUGGAGGGGGGUCCUUCGAAGUGAUCAUGGAUAAAUCCAGAGGACAAGUGGUCAAGUUUGUCGAAGACACCCCUAGUCAACCACCUCGAGGCAGCGUGGGAGAGAUUGGCAGUCCCAUCCUGGGACACAGUCAACACAUCCACCACACAAGUCCCCUUGGAGGCAUUGUUGGGCAGCCAGUUGGUCCAGUCGGCCAGGCGAGCAGCUUUGGACCUCCAGGCCGGAACUUCUAG